UAGGGCUCUUCGGGCGAUGAUAGAGAGAGAUCUCCAUCCAGGGCAGAUCCUAUGGCGGAAUAUAGUGACGAGAAGCAGGGAUUCCAAGGCGUUCUUGGUCGGACUGAUGGGAGCGUGCAUUGUGGUGCCGUGGGCGGUCGCGGAAGGAUUCAUGUGGGGCGCCAAGCGCAACCAGGCCAAGCUCAAAGAAGAGCUCCGCCACGCACCCUUCAACAUGACAGAGGAAGUGACCAACGCGAACAAGGAGAGGAUCGAGCAGCUGUUUGACGACAUCAAAUACAAGCGCAAUCUAAGCGAUCGCUACUUGAAAGGAGAAGCAGCGAAGAAUCCUCCACGAACACGAGGAAAGACUACCACAGUGCCGGAGCAAGAAGAUCCAAAGCUAUGAUCUUAGUACAGCUUUUUGUUCUUGAUAAAAUGAGGGAAAAAGAAAGUUUUCCACUUUGCGUU